AUGCCCAGCGUGCAAAACGUUGAACCAACAGAAGAGGGACAAUUCGACGAUGCUCCAGAGGAUACCACAGUAUCUGCACCUGUAGACCCCGUAGACGGCCGUGCCCAGACGGCUCACCGCUUCAUCGACGAGGAAGACAAGGACGAAGAACACCUUCUUGAGUGGCCAAGUUCGAGUGAGGACGAAGGCGAACCGGAUGAAUUUGAGGAUGAAGAGGACGCACUAGAACAUGCAGCUUUUGAGGAGUUGAGAGCAGAGGACGAAGACUGGGAAAUUGCUGAACGAGACUUCACAAAACAGUAUAACCGUCUACGUCAACACGUCGCAGUACAUACCGGCGCCGCCCAAGGCGUCAAGUCGACACUUAACGAGAAGGCGUCGGUCGCGCCUCUCCCUGCUGUGAAUCGUCCGCGACCUGCCAAGCAACAGGCGGCGGCGGUCUCGUCGAGCCAUGCAAAGUAUAAAGCAGAGAGCCAACUUCAGGCACUAUCAAAGUAUUCAUCGCGACUCCGUAAUCUCGACAUGCCCUACGACCUUAGCGUGGGCGUGAACCGUAAGGGGCCUUCUGCGACGGCCAACCUGAAGGACAAGGCGGAUCGUGCCACGACGGAGCAAGUGCUUGACCCGCGUACACGCAUUAUUCUCUUUAAGAUGAUUGGUCGGGGACUGCUGUACGAGGUCAAUGGGUGUGUGAGCACGGGUAAGGAGGCAAACGUUUAUCACGCCUUCACACCUGAGCGUAGACAUGUCGCUCUGAAAAUUUACAAGACGUCUAUCCUUGUAUUCAAGGAUCGUGAUCGUUAUGUUUCGGGCGAAUUCAGGUUCCGCAAGGGUUAUAGCCGGCACAAUCCUCGGAAGAUGGUUCGCGUGUGGGCUGAAAAGGAGAUGCGCAAUCUCAAACGGCUUCAAACAGCAGGUAUCAGCUGCCCUGAGCCAAUAGAGGUGCGCGAGAAUGUUCUUGUCAUGGGAUUCAUUGGCAAUGCGGAGGGUUGGGCGUCACCAAGACUGAAGGACGCGAAUAUCCCACACUCCGAGUUCCCUAGACUGUAUCGGGAAUUGCUGCUCACAGCUCACAAGCUCUUCCACGAGUGCAAACUUGUGCAUGCUGACUUGUCAGAAUACAAUAUCUUGUAUCAUGUCGAGACAAAACAGUCGGCCUCCUCGGAUGCGCCUUCAUUCGGCCAAAUCGACGGACUAGACCAUGGACAUCUGUAUAUCAUUGACGUUUCCCAAUCAGUCGAGCACGACCAUCCUCACGCCUUCGACUUCCUGCGCUCAGACCUGCGAAAUGUCGAGGAAUUCUUCUCGCGACGCGAUGUACGCACGCUUGGCCUGCGGCGAGCCUUCGAGUUUGUUACGAAUGACGGCGUAGAUGAAGGAGGAGCUGACGCCGCACUCGAGCGACGCAUUGCGCAGGCGGAGGAGGAGGGCGCAAAGGACGAAGAUGAGGGUGAGGGUGCACAUGCCGUCAACUCGCGUUCGGCGGCAGACGAGGACUCGGUGUUCAUGCGAUCGUACAUUCCCCGCACCUUGAACGAAGUGUUCGACCCUGAGCGGGACGUUGGCGUGCUGAACGCGGGCGAGGGCGAGAAGCUGAUUUACAAGGACAUGAUCGGCAUCGUCGCACCCAAGGAGAAGGAAAUAGCGCGGCCGAUGGAAAAGCGGACGGUGAAGUUCGUGGACGAGCCGAACGAUGAGGCAGAGAGUGAAAGUGAGGAGAGCGAAGAGGAAGAGGAGGAGGCAGAGGAGGAGGAGGGUGAUGGACAGUUUAAGGAGCGGAAGCCUCGAGGUCACAGACAUGAAGAUAAAGAGGCCAAAAAAGUAAGUCAUCCCGAGACGAUGGCCCGGAUAUGCAUUGCUCAUGCAAAGUAUCUCAGGAGCGCAAGAAGGCUACCAAGGCAGAAGCGCGGGAAAAGCGGAAACACAAGCUUCCGAAGGCAGAGAAAAAGCGGAAAAUCAAGCAGACAGCGAGAAGCAAGUAGUAUGCAUGAUCUACGUAAUGCGUUUUUCUCUGCAUGGUCAUUUAUUCUGUUCAUUCGUGGCACUACAUGUCGGCAUACUGCCUUGAGUGGUGGCAGACUCAACAUUCAAGUCAUCGGUGAGCAGCUGUUUCCGAACAUUCGUUCUUAG